AACGUGGCUUCGUGGGUUCGGGUUCCACGUUCCGUUGCCCUCUGCAAGGGGGCCUGUUGCCCACGUGUCUCUGGCCCCCGAAAGCGAGAUUAUGUUGACUGUUCGUUUCCCGAGCUCUGUGGGGACCCAGAAACCUCCAGGGAAGCGUGGAAAAGCAGCACCGUGUCCGCGCUCUCCUUUCCAGUUUCCAAACCGGCCACAGUGGAGACUCCCCAUGUUGCAGGAAACAGGAAUCCCUUGUCAGGCCGUGAUGCCUCCAUCUCCUGCCCAGGCUCCGGGCUCUCCGGGCGGCCUCCCUUUCGCAGACGCUCCAGGCCUUCCCCGACUCUCAGCUCCGGAUCUUCCAACACAUCGGGCCGGCUCAGGACGGGGUGUCAGGGCCCGGGGCUCGCGGUCCUGGGAUCCCCUCCGGUGCUCCGCCUUGCCGCGGAAACAUUGUUUUGGUUCCCUCGCCGCCCCUCCUGCAAGGCCCCCUCUUGCCCCACCCACCCAGAGCCUCCAGGGCCGCCCAGGGGCGAACAGCCGGCCCAGCCCCGCGGGCCCUUUUUCUCCCAAAGCCCACACCGUUGCCGCUUGUCCCGACGAGGACCCGGCCGUGGCCGACGGGGCGGGAAGGCUCUGCUUUGCCCCGCGCUGGCACUAGAGCCCCGGCAGCCUGAUCCCGGGAAAGAGGGGCUGACGGACACCCAGACACACCCACCACCGCGAGCAAACCCACCCCGACACACACAGACGCACACGGGCGCACACGCACGGACACACACAGACACACACGGACACACGGACACACGGACAAAGACACAGACACAGCUUGAAAGAGAGCACGGGAGACGGGGAUGGAGAGAGAGAAACGGGGAUGGAGAGAGAGAAACGGAGAGGGAGAGGGAGGGGGUGAGCGAGACAGAAGGUGACAGCAGAGCGCGAGGUGGAGGGGGAAGGAGAGAAAGGGAGAGGGUGAGGGCGCUGGAGAGCGACAGCGACAGAGCCUUGGAGGAGGCUCUGCUCGGGUAGACAUCGUCCC